AUGCCUCCGUGGGGUCUUCCCCACCUCUGCCCACACCCUUGCUUCUCUGCUGAUCCUGCCUUGCUUCCCAUCGCCUUUCCUCCCCACCCAUCUUUCCUCGCCGAUCUGGUGAGUGACACGCACGCGCCCAUUCUUCCCCUUGCCCUCGGUGCUGCCAGCGCGGCUCAGGUGUCGGGGAUCGUAGAUCUCUCCUUCCUUCCUGCCCGCGACGAUAGUCCCGCUGGCGCCCCUCCUCUUCCCAUCUCCCUCCCUGUCUUCGCUGCAGAUCACGUUCUGGCGAGCGCAGCCUGCCUCCAUGCCUCUCGUCAUGCUGUGGAUACGGAUCCAGCGAGCAAUAUUCGCUACCCCAGCUCAUACCCCGUUCUUGGUACCGAUCUGGCGAACGCGACUCGCCUCCACGCCUUCCCUCACGACGCUGGUGCAGAUCCGGCAAGCGCGGCCCGCUUCCCCACGCUCCGUGAUGCUGCUGAGGCGAGCGCGACCCGCCUCCCCGCCUCCCGCUGCGAUAUCUCCACGGAUCCGGCGAGCGCGACCCGCUUCCCCGCUUCCCGCCCCGAUGCUGACGUGGAUCCGGCGAGCGCGACCCGCCUCCCCGCCUCCCGUUACAAUGCUGACGUGGAUCAGGCGAACGUGACCCGCCUCCCCGCCUCCCGUCACGAUGCUGACGCGGAUUAG